AUGUCCGGCACAGACGCUGGCCAGCCUCAAGGCUCCGGUAAUAAUGCGAGCGAAUUUGUCCGCAAGCUCUUCAAAAUGUUGGAAGAUCCCUCUCACCAAGACGUCGCGCGCUGGGGAAAGGACGGCGACACCUUUGUCGUCGAAGAAGUCAGUCUUGCCAAUCAAUCCUCAGGCCUUCUGCAUGCCGCAGCUAACCGCAAACAGGGCGAGAAAUUCACCCGAUCUAUCCUCCCCAAGCACUUCAAACACAGCAACAUGUCCAGCUUUAUCCGCCAACUGAACAAAUACGAUUUCCACAAAGUCAAGCCCUCCGCUGACGCCGAUGCUUCGAACCCCAGUGGCAAUGUCCUCGAGUUCAAGCACCCAUACUUUCGUGUAGACAGCAAAGAUGAUCUCGACAAUAUUCGUCGGAAAGCACCGGCGCCUAGGAAGCCUCAACCGCCUGAAGAUUUCACCACAAGCCAGCACGUCAGCGUCAUUUCCGAACAGCUCACCGCCACGCAACAGCAGGUCCAGCAACUGCAAGAGCUCUUUAGCGAAGUCUCGCAAGCCAAUAGACUCCUCAUCAACGAGGUUAUGACCCUCCAGAAGAUGCUGAAUGCCCAAAAAGGCGCCCAGCAUGAGAUGCUCAACUAUUUGACAGGCUACCCGGGCCGCACAAAUGCCAUGAUGAGCCGUCCUAUGGCCUCGAACGGAGCCGUCCCGCAGGCUGACGCUGAGGAAAUCGCACCGGAGCUGCGUCGAGCCCGCGAACUCUUGGCUAGCGUCACACCCAACGUCAUUGCCGAUCGUGAGCUUGAGCGGUUGCACGACGUGUAUGGCCCCAUGACAGACUCUAGCGCCAUGAUCACUCCCGUCACCAUGCCAAUGUUGCACGACCCCAUCACCGAUCUCAGCCGAUACCCCGUCUACCCCGUGGGCCAAACCGUUGGUAUCGACCCCUUUGCUUCCGACCACAUCCAGAAGCUCCCGUAUGCCAUGCCCGGCGAGGCGGCCGCGGCCACGGCCACGGCACUCGUCGACCAUCAUCACCACUCCCAACAGCACACACCGACUUCGGGGGUCCCCACGCCCGUUAUGGGAGCCGCUGCGCCGACCAACUCGCGAGAAGCCCCGACUAUCUGGGGGGGCAGGAAACCCCUCGUUUUCCUCGUCGAAGAUGAUCCCACUUGCGCCAAGAUUGGCAAAAAGUUCCUCAGGUCUAUGGGGUGCGAGGUGGAACAUGCACCCGAUGGUGCCGAAGCAUUUAACCGGGUGAACAAUCCGACACGAGACCGUUUUGACCUGAUUUUCAUGGACAUCAUUAUGCCCAAGCUGGACGGUGUUUCUGCUAGCAUGUAUAUCCGACAGCAAUGCCCUUCGACGCCAAUUAUUGCCAUGACGUCCAACAUCCGGCCGGAUGAAGUGAAUUCGUAUUUUGAGCAUGGAAUGAAUGGUGUGCUAGCAAAGCCCUUCACCAAGGAAGGAAUGCUCAAGUCAGUAAAGACAAACCUCGCUCACAUGCUCAAGAAUCCGCCGCCUACGGCCGAUGGCACGGGUGCGUUUAUCAUGCCUGCUAUAGGAUUCAUAGACGGGGGAACGCCAGUCAAGCUGGAGGCCCCGACGCCUGGCUCAGGGAACAGUUGGGCCAACAAUGGCAUGCCGCAAGGUGAAGCGGAUCACGGAUACGGCAUGGUGAAUGGUGCAGCACCAUUUCCGAUGGCAGGCAGUAGCCGGACAGCGUACGCUGCGGGAAUGGACGGCCCGUCGGGGCGGAUGGUGCCGGAUCAUGAAAGUCCUCCAGAGAAGCGGCAACGGCUUAACAAUUCGCAAGGCAACUUUGCGUGA